CGACAAUACAGCUCCAGUUAUGUGGGGAUUUUUGGAGAAAAUACAGUGAAUAGUUCAGAUCUGCGAAAAAAAUUAACGAACGGGGGUUCAUAAUUUUUUGUGUGACGGAACAGUUUUUAACAGAUCUAGAUCGUGGCCAGGCCAGUAAAAAUCCGUAACUCAAAAAUAACUGAAAGAAAAAGUGAAAAACUUAAACAAACUGCAAAAUGGCUUUGAAAAUGUUGGUUGGACAAAAAAUUAUGAACGAGGUGGUAAAAUACAAACCGCCACCUCCCAAAAAAGGAGGCACAGCUGCCGCUGCAGCUGCUUCUAAAGCAAAUAUGGAUUGGCGUGUGCUGGUUGUCGAUAAGUUGGGCAUGCGAAUGGUAUCAGCAUGCACAAAAAUGCAUGAAAUAAGUGCUGAGGGCAUUACAUUGGUGGAGGACAUCAAUAAGAAACGUGAACCUUUGCCCUCUAUGGAUGCUAUUUAUUUGAUAACACCAUCACAAGAUUCGGUGGCUGGGUUGAUUCGUGACUUUGAGAAUCCAGCUCGUCCCAUGUAUCGCUAUGCCCAUGUAUUCUUCACCGAGGCCGUGCCCGACAGUAUAUUCGAAAUGAUAAAAGCCGAAAAGCACUUAGUCAAUCACAUUACAUGUUUCAGAGAGAUCAAUAUUGCAUUUCUUGCCCUUGAAAGUCAGGUCUACUCGCUCGAUUCGCCAGACAGUUUUCAGUGUUUGUACUCACCGGCAUUCGCCUCGAUACGCGCCAAACACCUCGAGCGCAUUGCCGAGCAGAUAGCCACGUUGUGUGCUACGCUCGGCGAGUAUCCGAUGGUGCGAUAUCGCACUGAUUGGGAUCGCAACAUCGACUUAGCUGCAGUCGUUCAGCAAAAACUGGAUGCGUACAAGGCUGAUGAGCCAACGAUGGGCGAGGGUUCGGAGAAAGCACGUUCACAAUUGUUAAUUUUGGAUCGUGGUUUUGAUUGCGUAUCGCCCUUGUUGCACGAAUUAACACUACAAGCCAUGGCCUAUGAUUUGUUGCCCAUCACCAAUGAUGUCUAUCGCUUCACGCCCGGACCCAAUCAGCCGGAAAAGGAGGUGUUGUUGGACGAGAACGAUGACUUGUGGGUUGAAUUGCGCCAUCAACAUAUUGCUGUCGUGUCCACGCAGGUUACUCAGAAUUUGAAAAAAUUCACCGAUUCCAAGCGAAUGUCUUCUACUGAUAAGGCAUCCAUGCGCGAUCUCUCACAAAUGAUUAAGAAAAUGCCUCAAUAUCAGAAGGAAUUAUCCAAGUAUUCCACCCACUUGCAUUUGGCCGAAGAUUGCAUGAAAUCCUACCAGAACUAUGUCGAUAAGCUGUGCCGCGUCGAACAAGAUUUAGCCAUGGGCACCGAUGCUGAAGGUGAAAAGAUUAAAGAUCAUAUGCGAAAUAUUGUACCGAUUCUUUUGGAUGCCAAUGUUUCCAAUUUCGAUAAGGUGCGCAUCAUUGCUUUGUAUGUCAUGAUCAAGAAUGGCAUUACUGAGGAAAAUCUCACAAAACUCUUUACGCAUGCUCAACUUUCGCCUAAAGAUCAAGAUAUGGUUCGCAAUUUAAGCCAUUUGGGUAUUAAUGUUAUUGCUGAUUCACGCAAAAAAACUUAUUCGGUUCCGCGCAAGGAACGCAUUACCGAACACACUUAUCAAAUGUCUCGUUGGACACCCGUUGUAAAAGAUAUCAUGGAGGAUUGCAUUGAAGAUAAAUUGGAUCAACGUCAUUUUGCUUUCCUGACUGGCAGGGCCCAGAAUCCCAACUAUCAUGCCCCCACAAGUGCCCGGUAUGGCCAUUGGCACAAAGAUAAAACCCAGACACAGGUUAAGAAUGUUCCACGUCUCAUUGUCUUCAUUGUCGGUGGUGUAUGCAUGUCCGAAAUGCGCAGUGCUUAUGAAGUGACCAACGCCGUCAAAAAUUGGGAAGUUGUUAUUGGCUCAUCCCAUAUACUAACACCUGAAAAUUUCUUAAGCGAUUUGGGCUCCCUCACCAAAGAGGACUAAACGCGUCUAUCCUCCUGUAUAACUAAAACAUUGUAUGUGUAUGUAGUAUUUGAGUAUUUGAUGCUUAACACUUAUUACAAUAGUAAAUUAUUACAAUAUUUAUGAUAGGUUUAAAAAAACAACAACAACAACUAUAACAACCACAACUAAAGGAAACGAAACAUGUGUUUACACUAACAAAUCUUUAUAUAAUUAUAUAUGCAAUUUAAAAAGAUGUUGAAAUUUAAGAUUUAGCGAAAAAAACAAGUGUAGUGAACAAAAAACCAGCGCAAUAGCUAAUAAUAAGAUGGAUAUUGAAAGACAACACUUCAAAAAUGUAUGGCGUUUAGUAGGAUUCCAUAGACCACUCUUUUUUUCUCGUUCUAAUUUUUAAACAUAAUCAACAAAAAUUAUAAAAUUACAUUUUGAACAUUACUUGCAUCCUUUUGAAAUAAAAGAGAAAGUACAUUUUCAUAACGAAAAAUAAAACUUAAAAAAAGAAUAAUGAUACCAAUUUUGAAGAAAAAUAGUUAUGCAAUGUUAAAGAUCUAGAAGAUACAUGCAGAAAAAUAAGAGCUGAUGGCUGGCAGCCCAUAGCUGUACUAUGCCUGCUGGUCUAGGGGCUCAUAUUCCAUUCGAGCCCAGUAUAGAAUAAUGUUUGAGGUUUUAUGGCGUUAUUAAGCUUUAUCUGAUUAUAACGAAUUAAAUGUGUUUUUGUAUUUAAAUAAAAUGUGUAUUUUAGUAUAGUUUACACAACUCUAUAUAUAUAAAUAUAUGAAAAAACAACAAAACUAUAUUCAAGAAAGACAAAAAAUAAAUAAAUUAAACAUAAUUAACACUUCUAACUAUACGAAUUCGUAUAUAAACUCUCUCUUCUCUUUAAAAUUUAUUGAAAAUAAAAACCAAAACUAAAAAUGUUACAACACACACAACACAUCAUCAUAGAAUUUUCUAAAAGCGAUUGAAGAAUCUAGAAAAUUAUGAAAAAAGUAGAAAAAUUAGGUUUUUCAAAGUUUUUCCCUUAACAAAUAAUUAAAAAACACAUGUUAAUUUAAAACCUGUGACAAAUGUGAUAAGAGAACAGUAACAUAAUUGAAAUUAGAUAUCAUAUUUGGAGAUUUCAAAGCUUUUUUGAAUUCCUCAAACGUUUUUUCCCAAAAUGGUCAUUUGCAGUGCAUUGUUCAACUGCCGAAGGGCCCUUUUAUUAUUGAUGAAUCUCCAUGAUAGUGUAAACAACAACAACAACGAUAGCUAAAUUCAUGAAUGAUUAUUGAUUUUCUGCAAAAAUCCUCAUAUGAACAACACAAAAAUUCUUUUCUUCUGAGGUAUAAGUUGAAAGUGAGUGCAGAUUUAUACCAAUUUCCUGUAGAUUUUAAAAAGUUUUCAAGCUUUUGUGUCAUUUCGGAAAACGUUUUUUCUAAAAACUGUCCAAAAAUGUUUUCUACUGACUUUGAAAAUAUUAUAGCAUGCACCUUUUGUAUGUAUGCUGGUUCCCGCAAACACAGUUACCAGUUGUUAUCAAAUUGUGAUUCAUUUUUAUAUCUUGCUUAGAUUUUUUAUAAUACAUUAUAGUCUUCUUACACCAUGCAUACAUUUUAUGCAUCUCCUUUAAAUCUUUUUACCAACAUCCUAAAUGUAUAGGAGUAAUAUAUGAUUUUCCAAAACCAGCGAGUUCUUAAAUUAUUUUAUUUAGUCAAAGACAAAUGGUAAUAAGCACUUUCCAAUGAACCAUUGUAAUAAAAACAGAAACUAAAAAAAUUCAUGUUCAUCCUAUUCUCCAGGUGAUAUGCUAAAGUCAAAGCCCUAACUGCUAUGUAAACAAAAAUAAUAUAUAAAAAUUUUAGCAAUUUGCCCAUAUAACGUCGAAUAUCGAAAGGGAUGAAGAAACAUGAAACAUUUCUUAGAUUUAAGUAAAAGAAGAAGCAAGAAAAUAACAGCAAAAUUUUGAAGCCACAACAAAUAUGUAUUUGAAACAAGUCCUCUUAGCGGCUAAUUAAGCAAAAGAGGACCCAGAUUGAGAAAAAAAUUAAACAAUAUAAUAACAAACAUUUAAAAAUAUAUAAAAAUUAUUAAUCAAAAUAAAUGUCUUUAAACUUAUAACACAAAACAUAUUAUUUAAAAAAGACAAACAAUAAGUAUUUUAUUUUUAUUCGAUAACAUUUCCCGUAUUUAUGAAGCAAAAGAAAAAAAACAAAAAUUAAGGGGCAGUAGAGCAGUUCCGAUAACAUUCUUGGUGCAGUCUGCUGCCACCUUCAGGAAAAUCCAUUGCAUCUUAUAUACACACAUAUGCAAUAUUUAUUUCAGCAGUAAAUAAUUGGUCGUGGAACCUUGAGCACAAUUAAAGCAACAUAUCUAUCAACAACUGGAUAUGCUAUCAUGGUAUUCCGCAAAAAAAAAAAAAACAUUUAAUAACACAAUAUAAUGAUAAAUGUAUUUCAAAAAUAUUUGCAUGCUAUUCCACAAACAAUUAUUCUUAUUAUUAUGCAUACAACAACAAAAAUCUAAGUAUAUAACAAAAAAAUUUUCAAAUUUUAAACGAUUAUCCUGUUUCACAACAUAAACGUAUGAAUGAAGGCACGGCUAAUCGUUUAUUAUAUGGUAACGCAUAUAUAUUGAAAACAAAAUUAUUUAAUGUUCAAUCACACAUAUUAUAUAAAAAUAUAUAUUUAAACAAAGAAUCUAAAGAUGUAUUCGUAUCCCAGCCCAUCCUUAUCAAAUCCGAUAAAACCCACAUACCACUUAGAGAACAACUCUCUCCUCGAAGACGAUCCACGACAAUCGUUCUUCCAUCUUUCGCUAGGUAGAGUUGUUAGAGACUGCUAAACCGUUAUAAGAGGACCUUAAGACAAUGAAUUGAACAUGUUUCGCAACACUUCUAUGUUAUCUAGGGCCCUCAUUCUGGUUUUAGGUUUUAACGAAAUCGCAAUUUAUUCCCAAACAAAUAUUACAACCACAUCCUUAUAAUAAACCAUAUAAUUAAACAAUUGAAAUUACGAAAGGUUUAUUGAAAAUAAUAUAAAUGGAGCAGAUUAGUUUUAAGCGCUGCAACAGCAUAAUUAACCAUAAAUAACAUGCAUCGUUCUGGUAAUCUAAACUAUGGGGACAUUUUUAGAAGCAGAGUUUCGAAUUGGAGUUUUUUGUAGAAAGGCAAAGGAGGCAAUAUGAGGCCACUCCAUCGUUCAUUAUGGAAAAUUAAAUGAGCGCCCUUAAUGUUCUUAGGGUGAUAAGGGAUAUAUAUCUUGCCAACAACCUUUAAAGUACGACAAAUCUUGCUAGCACUUUACUAUCCAAGGAAAAUGAUGAAACCAACCUAAAACUUUCCACAUGAAGAAACCUGAGUAAAAUGUACUCAACGGCACUAAUCGGACAUAAAAAUAGCAGCCAGUAGUGCCAACACGCAAAAUGUAAGACUUUUCACUUCCUUAUAAAUCAUCAAUUUGGUUAUGAUACUAAUCAAUUUCUGUUUAAGAACAUCAUGUUAUAAACCCAUUUGCCAACCAAAGCAAGGCAAAUUAAUAUUUAUGAAGCCAAUCUUAUCGCCUUUAAUGUUCUUAGGGUGAUAAGGGAUAUAUAUAUUGCCAACACCCUUUAAAGUACGGCAAAUGUUACUAGCCGUAUACAAGGACAAUGGUUUAAACAGGAUGAAGCUAACCCAAAACUUUCCACAUGAAGAAGCCUCAGUAAAAUGUACUAAACGGCACUAAUUCGAUAUAAAAACAGCAGCCAAUAGUGUCAACAGGCAAAAUGUAAGACUUUUGACCUAAUCAAUUUCUGUUUAAGCACAUCACGUUAUGAACCCAUUUGUCAACCAAAGCAAGGCAUAUUAAUAUUUAUGAAACCAAUCUCAGAGGUUUGUUGAAAUUUGAAUCAAAGUUUGAGAAGCAUAGGAAAUGAUCUGUAAUUAGCAUGCCUAAAUAUUUGGUUCACUAUCCGCUAAACAAUUAGUUACGACAUAUACUAUUGAAAGUAUUAAGGAAAAGUUUUAACCACUAGGCAAAUAUCUUAGGAAACGUAUGCUUUUACAGCUGAUUUUGUGUAAACAUCGCCUAGUUUUAGAUUUUUCUCAUCUGGCAUUCGCCUUUAAGGCUAUGGCUAUGAUGCCGCUGUAAAACUCGCAAAUCAUUUGACGCUACACAUGUAAGUUAACAACCAAAUCCAAAUUUCUAGUUUGAAUAAGAAUUACCAAUAAAAAGUAUUUAAAUUAAUAAUUAAAUGCACAAAAAAAACUAAAUACAGAUAUAUCAUCGGAGUAAUGUUAUCCUGUUCCAUACGCCAUUUUCGAGUUCUUUGAGUUGGCAUCAGUUUUUGUGACUUUAAAGCACUCUAUAUAUCUAAAAUAAUAUUGAGGUGUAAAUAUGGCCCAUUUCAUUGCAUACUGCAAGUGCGUUUAUCUCAAAAUCAAUAAAUUGGCGUUUGGAGCAAAAUUACAUUACAACGACGAUAUGUAUUUCUGGCUCAAGGGUUUUCGUGUUAGUUAUAAUUUCUAUUCAAGUUAUAAAACAAAUGUUGGACUCAGUUUUCUGUGCUCUAGAAAUAUCCCCAAGCUAGGAUGUUGUCAAGAUUUUUCAUGCACAUCAAAGGUGAUUUUGGCAUGUCUAGUCUCCGAGAAAAGGGCGCAUGCGUAGUGAUAAGAUUUAUGUUCUUGUAUUUCACACGUAUCACUUAUAAAAAUAAUAAACAUUUAAAUUGAAAUUAAUUAAAAUACUCCCAAAAAAACCACUUAUAAACAAAGAAGAAAAAAACAAGCUUAGUUGUAGAACCAUUAAAAAUUACCAUACUGGCAAGUUAAAGAAUUGUUACAAAAUAAUUUAUGGCCUAUAAGGCUGGUAUUUGAAAGGUCUUAAUAUAACUCGUAAAAACACAAAAACACAUAUAGAACCAGGAGAAGAAAAAAGAACAACAACCAAAAAUAGCAAGAUGAAAUAAAUGGAAAUAGCUUUUGAGUAUAUUAAAUAACUAUGAUCAAACAACAGCAAACCGCAUUAUUAAUGAGUAAUAAUGACGGCUCUAGUUUGUAGGAACAAGACAUAAACACAAUUCGUAUUGAGAUCUGUAUUAACCAACAAUAUGAAGAAUUUCCCCGCCAGACUUGGGGUGGUCUGCCGCAUCAAAUGCCGACCGACUGCCCUCCGCCACCAAAAUGCGGUGUAGGAGUUAUUCUGGAAGCUAAUCAAUAUCAAUGAAGAACAUCUCUUGCAGCAGCCCUUGGGAGGACCUACUGCGCAAGGUUCAAUUAAAGUCUCGGGCAUUUACUUCAUUAUUUUUACUCUAAAAUAUUGUUUUUUAUUUCCUAAUAUUUACUUACUAACACAACAAAUAAUACACUUUUAUUAUUACAUAUUAUAUGACUAACUAACAAGAAAAAUCGUUUAUUAUUAAAAAAAAAAAAUAACUAUAUUUAUUAGUAUAUGAAAUUUGCAAUUUUUUUGAAAUAACAAUUAAAAGAAUUUUUUGAAAUGAAAGAGAGAAUAUAUUAUUAUUAAUGUCUAUUGUAAUAAUCCGAACAAUUAUUGCUUACAAAAACAUAAACAUAUAUAAGAGUAUCAAUAUUAUCCCCCUUAGUGUGUAAGAACAGAAUAAAUGUUGUUGUAUAACCAACAACAUAUUUCAACAAAAACAAAAAAUACAACAUAAUAAGAAAUAUAUAAUCAACAACUAA